UGAUAAUCCGUUCUCCCUGACUCCAAUUCAUUUCCCCACCCUGCAACUUUCUACAACUAUGGGUAUCGCUGAGAGUAAAAUGUUGGCCCACAAGGCUCUUGCCGCUUGUGCGGCGGUCGAAAAAGAAGACAAGGGAACGCUAGACCACGUUUCAUUCUGGCAAGACAAAGAAGCUUCAAGGGCUGCUAAGAAGAUUAUAAAACAUUUGCCUAGGCAUAUUCGGGGAACCCAGGGUCGCCAAAACGCUGCGGACAGAGCCAGUACCAGGCGCCUUUCGAAGAUCGUCGUUCCAGACGUCGUCAGGGACUUGAAGAAAAUCCCUGCCGGGGGCGUGGGACAGAAGCACCUACAUAAUUACACCAACACUGCUUUGGCUCAGGAUACAGCACUAUUUGAACAGCUAACGCUACAAUGUCCCCUAGCUGGAUGCUACAUGAUAGUGGUUGAUACUGAGAAGAAAAAGGACUUGAACAUUAUCCGUCUGCGGUUGUUGUACGUUUUGUUCCAUCGCCUGAACCUAGAAACACAGAGGCGAUUCGGACAAGCAGUAAGCGAUCGCUUAGCCCAGAUUAUUCACGCAUCUGGGCUCGUUACAGAUACACUCGAGACCGUCGAAGGAAGACUGGGAAGUUGGAUCGAUAGGGGAGCGAGAUAUGAGCUACUAGCAAAUGAUCUAGGUGGGCUAGGAGUCCUGUUCGUCCUCCCUGACGAUGUUCCCGAAUCAGUCUGGGUGAAAGACCUUCCCAAAAAUGCCAAUAAUAAACGCCGUAUCUCCAUGUUACAAAUGAUGGAGAUGCGAGACGUCAAUACCGCGUCUGAGGGCUUCAAUGAGAUUGCCGAUGCGGAGAUUCGCAACCUAUGGGACCCGAUAAUGAUCUCUAUCAAUGCCGUAAUGGAGCUGCCCCCAGUACAUUGUCCGGAUCCAGGAUGGCUUCUAUCGGGGGAUCAUCGAUUAAAGGAUAUGCUAUAUCAUGGCUCGGCUAGUGACCAGAACGAAGAUGCCCAAGAACUACUGAGGUAUACUGAUGAGCGAGAUUUGGCUUCGUGGUCGAGGAACAACAAUAUUCACUUGCACACAAUGACCGAUUACGAGCAGCAAAAUCUGAACCUUUCCGCACCAUGUAACGCCGAUUCGUCAUCUGAAAUGUCUCUCUUGAAAGCUCCUGCAGAGGACCCAUCGUCUCGCCUGUGGUUCCCUGACACCACAAGCUCAAUGGCAUCCUUCAACAUCCUGCCGGAUCAGUCCUCUCGAACCCUCUAUUCUUCGUCUCGAUGUAAUGUUUACCACGACCUAGAAAGCUUCGCCAUGUUUCCCAAUUUGUCCUCUGAACCGACGCAACCCCUAUUUCCAAGUGAAGUCUACCACAAUCUCGCUUCCUUCGCCGUAUCCACAAAUCCAUCGUCCUAUGGAUUUUUCUCCACGACUUCACCUAAAAAUGAUAGCUAUUUUGCAGACUACCCUACCCAUGCGAUGACCGCCCAUCAACCUUAAGCCAUGGACCAGACAGAUAAUCGGGCUUGCGGAUCAAUGGUAUUUGCUCCUUUGCCAAACAACCGAAGGAACCUAUCACCUGUCGCUGAACGACCACCCGUCCUGUACAUCAACAGGACUGUCAUCUUCGGUAACGCAUGAUAUGAUUAUAGAAGCGAUGCGAUCGGGUUGUUCUCCAAAGAACACAAAGGGCAAGGCAACUGCAGUCUGGGUCUCAUGUCCACUACAUGUUCAGUCUUCAUGUACAUAUUUUAACCUUCUCGAAGUGGUCGGCCAGAGACAGUGGAUUGCCUAUCCAGG